AUGGGUUGCACGCAGUCAAAGGCAGAUGAACCAAAAGGACCCCAUGAUAAAGAUGUACAAAGGCAACAAUCAACUAAAGAUGAAUGUGGACGUUAUCCAAGCCAGAAGUCCAUAUCGACUAGAAAACGUAAUGAACUCGAUGUUAAACCUCCACCUGUUAAGGCAAUCCCCAAAAUUUCGCCAAAAUAUGUACCAAAAAAAGGGAAUUAA